GCACUACUCCUGUGCUUGAAACUCAGGGUUGUGCUUCUCUCUGGCUUGUGUGAACCUUGCAGGUCCCAAGGAUUUAGCGACCGUGUCCCAGGAAGAAAGCUUCGAAAUGUGUUAUUUGUGUGUGAAAAGUCUUCUUGGGAAAUUUCACUGCUGGUUUGACUUGUUGGGCUGCUUUAUGUAGGUGUGAGUAGUUACUCCUGAGGCCUUCGGGUUUUUGUCUGCGUUUGUCUGUCUGGAGUCUUCAUUACCCUCCCUGCGGUCCUCUUCCGCUUCAUCAACAAGAAGCUCUGCUUUGAAAAGAGAGGGGGGCUCCCUUGCCUGGAGCAACACGGGAGAAGAAAACGCUACGAGAGAAGUCCAGAGUUCAUGAGGGCCUUGGACUGUAAUUCUUAGUACACACUGAAGCUGGUAAUUAACUUGUUGGAGGUGUCCGCAGUGCAAGUCAACACCACUGAACAAAAUCAUCCAGCCCAGGUGUUUCAAGAGGUAAAGACUCUCCAGUCACUGAUGUCAUCUGUAAAAAAGCUGCCCGCUAAGCGAGGUCUGUUGACAGCUGUAACCAGAAUAUGUGUGCUUCAGAAAAGCUCCCUGAAUUACAAGUGACAUGCGGGCAAAGCUGAACAACUGAGCAUCAGAUACUGGCAUAGUGUUGAACAUGGCUUCUGAGGCUGCUCAGAAUUUCCUUCAGCCACUGUCUUCUUGGAUGUCUCAAAUAUAUGAAGCUAUCCAACAAGCAGGAGACUCUAUAUCUGCUUCACUGCUGAAUUUGAGUGGAGUGGGUCGUAAGUCAGAAGAAGAGAGGAACCAGGACUUGGAGAAUAAUGGAGGAGUUUAUGAGGAUUAUUUGGAAGAAUCAGAUGAUGAACGUCACCUGGAUCGGUAUUCCGGUGGGGAAUACUUAUACCCUAGAGAAGGCGGUCACAUUGAGGGUCCUGAUCUUGCUUCACAAGACCUCCCUCAUGGCUCUGACCUGGGUCUGCAGAGACAAAAAUGGGUUAAAAAUGCCGGCAGCUUACCAGAGCAGUGUGUUGAAAGCACCAGGUCUUCAGCCACCGAUGGAUCCUACUGGACAAAUGAAGAACUCCAGCCGCUCGACCAGCUCCAGCUCCAGCUUCCUCCCAUUUCUGAGGAAGAAGGUGAGCCCUCAGUGAGGACAGGAGGUCAUGAGCACAACCUCAGCUUGGGUGGCUCCUUAAAACGUAAUAAUGGCAAGGCAAGAUUUGCAGUAAACAGUUACGUGGAGGAUGAAGAACAGACGGCAUCUUCAGGAAGCGAUGGUGAGGUGAUUAAGCAGUUUGAGAUCUCUGUGUCACGCUCACAAAGUCUUCGAUCAGAAGUGUCUGGCAAAGCAAUGCCAACAAGCGUGGAGCGUAGACCCAAAUUCAGCCCUUUGCCCUCCCGCCAUGAAGAGUACAGUGCAGAGGUGUCCGAAUGCAAAGAUCUGGAUGGACUAAGCCAACUGAGUUACCAAGACAACCUAUCCUGUUGUGAAGAUGACCGUGUAUGUGUUGAUUCAAGAAGAACAAUUGAGAGUAGGGGCACGGGGCAGCCUCAAGGGCCCAGCAUGGGCUCCAGCACUGCUGAUGGCUUUAGCCAGCGAGCUACGGAAGGACAUCUGGAAAUGGAGACAGCAGUGAUCAACCAGGGAUUUGAAGUAAACGACGCUACUGACAGCUCAUCGGCCUGGAGCCCUGAGGAACACGAUGAAGUGAGCAGCGUACCAGCUCAUCCUGGUGCUCAUGAGCCCAUCUGUAAAUGUGGUGACCUAGAUGUCAUCUUCAACUAUAAAGCCUCAAGUCAAAAGCUAGUAGUUACUAUCUUGGAGGCCAAGGAUAUCCCAGACAAACACCGCAGUGGUGUGAACACCUGGAAAGUCCACACAGUCCUGAUGCCUAGCAAGAAACAGAGGGGUAAGACAAGUGUUCAGAGAGGACCCAUCCCCAUUUUCAAGGAUAAAAUUACCUUCAGUAAGCUGGAGCCAGAGGAGUUAAGCAGCCACGCCAUUCGUUUCCGCCUCUAUGCAGUGCACAAGAUGAUUGGAGAGAAGAUGAUGGGAGAGCAGUUGUUCUACCUGAGCAACAUCAGCCGGGAAGAGGAAGCGAGGGUGACAUUGGUCUUGGAGCCAAGGAGUAAUUUGAGUAGUGCAGACUCUCAGCUUAGUCUGUCAGCAGUCUCUCACAGCGAUAGCGCUUCUUCAACACAGUCCCUGUCGCAUGGAGGGGUGCCAGAGCUGCUGGUGGGAUUGUCGUACAACGCCACGACGGGGCGGCUCUCGGUGGAGAUGAUCAAAGGCAGUCACUUCCGAAACCUCGCGGUUAACAGGCCACCUGACACCUACGGAAAGCUCUGCUUGCUCAACUCUGUGGGCCAGGAGAUGUCUCGCUGCAAGACCUCCAUUCGGCAAGGACAGCCCAACCCUGUCUACAAGGAGACUUUCAUCUUCCAGGUUGCCCUCUUCCAGCUCUCCGACGUCACCUUAAUGAUCUCCAUAUACAACAGACGCAGCAUGAAGCGCAAGGAGAUGAUCGGCUGGAUUUCUAUGGGUCAGAACAGCAGUGGAGAGGAAGAGCAAAGUCAUUGGCAGGAAAUGAAGGAGUCGAUGGGGACACAGGUCUGCAGGUGGCACAUGCUGCUGGAGUCCUAGUGGACAUGGCAGCUUAGAGGUCCUGGGACUACGGGCUGUCUUCCCUUGCCCUCAGUCAGCAGAAAACAGAUAUUCCAUGGCAGGCACUGUGCUCUGACAGGUCACCUACACUUUCACGUUCACCUUCUCAGUGUCAGCAGUCAUGGGUGUAAGAGGUAGCAAGGCCUGGGCAGCAAGUUUAGUUCCUGUCUUUCCAGGUUGUCUUGCGUUUUCUACAUCCCAGUAUUAACCCUAGGGAGAAGCAAUGGGAAUACCUACAAAAAUCUUUUCCUUGGUCAUUGUCCUGUUCAUUUUGUCAUGGACUUAUCCUUCUAAUGCUGUUUUCUUUGAGGGUAAACUCUCUCUUCCCUCCCUCCCCUUUUUUUGUAUUAAUGAAUGUUGCAAAUAUUCUUGGCACACAGAUAGCUCACAGAAAGGCUAACCUGCAUGCAGGUGACAUUCUCUCCCUCUUAUUAUUGUGUUCCCAAGUCCUAGAAAUAAGCAUUUGAUGCCACUGUAGACUGGAUGAUGCAUUUUUCAGGAAGCAUGGGAAAGCACUCUUGAAUUUUCUGUCAACUUUUAAGUGCCUAGACAUAAUACUACUGUUCUCCUGCACUAACAACUGAUAUUAGGACUAAACACUAGCAGUAUUUUUAAUUAGGCAUCCUGUACACUUGUUAGCCUGCAUUGCCAUGGCUUUGCACGAGAGAUAACUAGAAUCAGUUUUAUAUUGCAAUUGUACAAUGCAUGUUUAAGUGCUUACUUGAAGUUCAUGGCUUCUGUCAUCACGAGUACCAAAAAAAGACCAGAACGAGCUGCACAUCCACCUCUGUGCCUGAAUCGCUCUCUUCUGCAUCAUUUUUCUGCCCGUGUAUUACUUCAAAUGAACCUCAGUUUUAAAAAGCAGAGAGGCGUUUGUGUCAGCGUCACACAGGAAGGCUUUAAGGUCCAUGAUUUCUCUGUGAUUUGGUUAAGCACAGUUUGCUGAGGGCUCUUCUUUGAAUGUGCCACCCUGUAAGAUCUUCUUGGGGUCUGAAAAGCGGACUGGUUUUGGCACGCUGAGCAGUAGAGGAUGCCAGCCCAUGUCGUCUCACCUUCAGGGUGAACUCUCCUGCAGGCACGGAGCAGGAUCCAGAGGAUCCCUCUGGCUCUGCCGAGCUAAUGCCCAAGAAAAAAAAUAUUACAAAUACGCUUCCUGCCUCUUAACUGAAAAGAGUGCAAGGGACGGGCUUGCUGGAUGAGGUGGUGACACUCCUAUGUGGUUACUUUUCAGACUAUAUUGUCAUUUUCCAUUCUAAUCUUUUUUUCCUGUUUCUGUGAGUUGAAGUCAUGGAGACGCUGGUUAAGGGGACACGUCUCAGUCUGCUACCUGACUGUUGAAAGUUCGGUGGUUGUUCGCUGUGUUCAUGCGGCAGCAGAGGAUGUUCAUCCUCUAGCCUAGUGAUGGUACGUAGACAGUAAGGUGCUGAGAUCUUCAAAUACUAUCAGCUGCCCAAUCUCCUGGCAUUUCUCCAUUCCUGCUGACGACGGCAAGACACAGGCAAUGUUUUGCUGGAAAGGUUUGUCUGUGCUGAGUCACUCUGUGUUUUGGUUUUGUCGUUUGCUGAGACCUGGCACCAGACUUUGCCUCCUACUGCACCACAACCGUCUCCUUCCCUCCAAUGGUGCUGUGCGAAUCUUAACUAAUGCAAAUUUUGGCACUUUCGGCUGUUUGACCGAAAUCGAGCCUCGGUGCUGGUUUGCAUCACCCCCAGGCUGGCCGGGCACUGCGGGGCGGUGGCGUGAUGCACGCAGGUUGUCACUUGGGGUGACACACACGGGCUUUGUCUGUCCUUGUGAGGCAGACAGAAUAAUCUAUGUGCGGACAGACAUCCGGUAUGGGUGAGACAAAUUAUCCCGCAGGUCACGGUUUUGUAUAUUCUUAUGGCUUACCUGUCUGAGCAUCACUUUUCUGGUGGGACUGGUGGGUAUCCUAUGCAGGAGGGUUGUCCUCCAUUGCCUAGAUCAGGUGGUGUAAUACCUGCUUUGCACUUCUGGGGCUUGUAUCACAAAGCAUGAUCAAACCCAAAUACAGCUCGGCAAACAAAUACCUUUUUGACUGCACUGUUAAUGCUGAUGUACUACCAAUGCAAGAGAAAAUGAGUGAUUUGAGUGAUUAUCAUUUGAGUGAUAACCAGAAGAAUAGAAAUGUUUUGGUUUUUUUUUUAAUCAUGUAAUUUUCUUCUGGAAAAAAAAAAGGUAGAGGAAACAGCCCAAUUCAAAAGAUGCAUUUGCUGAUUCCAAUUGUUUUCCAAUCUCUGCAUCUUGUUUCCUGAACUGUGGAAGAUGUAUAUACAGGUGUUUGUAAGUAAUUUUAUUAUCUGGGAUAUGUAUGUAUAAUAAACCUGUUGAGAUUCUCUUCAGAA